AUGUCUCUCAAGGCCAUCCUCCUCUUCGCCGGCGCCGCCCUGGGCCACACCAUCCACAGCCGCGACACCGUCCGUGGCUGCGGUGCCCCCGAGCCCAGCGAGGAGCUCCUCCAGGUCUCGCGCCAGUUCGCCAAGCAGGAGGCGGAAAGCGUGAAUGGCUUCAGCGCCCAGGCGGCCAUCAGCGUGCCCGUGUACCUGCACUCCGUCGCCGCCAGCCAGAGCACCGUCCUGAGUGAUGCCACCCUCCAGAGCCAGUUCAACGUCCUGCGCGACGACUACGCGCCCUACGGCAUCAACCUGAGGCUUGCCGGCACCACCAAGACCGUCAACCCGACCUGGUCCCGGGACCAGGGCGAGAUGGAGAUGAAGCGCGCUCUCCGCAAGGGUGACUACGGCACCCUCAACAUCUACCUGCAGGACGACCUCGGCAGCAACCUGGGCUACUGCUACUUCCCCACCAACGCGCCCUCGGGCUCGACCGCCUUCAUCCGCGACGGCUGCUCCGUCCUCGCCGCCUCCGUUCCCGGCGGCUCGGCCACCGGCUUCAACCUGGGCAAGACGGCCACCCACGAGGCCGGCCACUGGUUCGGUCUCUACCACACCUUCCAGGGCGGCUGCACCAGCACCAACGACGGCGUCGCCGACACCCCCGCCCAGAGCAGCCCCAGCAGCGGCUGCCCUACCGGCCGCGACUCGUGCCCUAACCUGCCCGGUCUCGACCCCAUCCACAACUACAUGGACUACUCUCAGGAUUCUUGCUACGAGGAGUUCACCGCCGGCCAGGCGGCGCGCAUCAGCAGCUUCUGGUCCGCGUACCGCGCGUAA